AAUCACAAUUUCAAUACCAACAAGAUCGUAUCAAAACUGGAGAAUAAUGGUUUCCAACGCGGACAAGCCGAGGGUAUUAUGCGCAUCAUGAAGUCCUUGAUCGGACAGCACACGAACAAGAUCAGGAAGAACAUGCUGACAAAGGGCGAUCUUGAAAACGAAUCGUAUCUGUUCAAGGCAGCAUUAACAGAGCUCAGGACCGAGCUCCAGAUCCUACGAAAGAACGAUGCAGCAGCUCUCGCGAUCAGGACGGAAAUCAUCUCGCGAGAGAUCGAUUCCUUGAACCAAAAAUUACGCGAGGAUAUCGCCAAUGUCAAGAACGACAUCGCCAUCGAUAUGAACAGCCGUAAGAGCGAUGUGCGAGAGGAGCAAAAAGCACUCGAGAUCAGGAUCCAAUCGAUGAGCAAUCACUACAUGGCACAGCUCGGAGACAUGCGGACCAAGAUGGAAGCUGCAAAAUGGGAGACAACUCGCAAGGGCAUG